GGCGAAUAUAACGGGAAAAUUUAACCAGUGUCAUUCAUGUUUAUAAAUACACAAUUCACAAUUGAUUUGAUCAAAAACAUUAAUUCCGUCCACCUUGCUCCUCUCAUUCCGUCCGAGCACAACACAACACACGUACAAAGUUAUGAGAUAAUAAGUGUUCAUGAGCGUCGAUCGCUCAAAUUUGUGCAAUCAAGACUUUAAUAGAAACAGACAUGACGCGUCCCGGUCCUCCUAGUGAAAACCUUCCUACUGUGAAACUUGUGGUAGUAGGUGAUGGUGGUGUUGGUAAAAGUGCAAUUACCAUCCAAUUCUUCCAGAAAAUGUUUGUCACAGACUAUGAUCCCACCAUUGAAGAUUCAUACAUACAACAUACAGAGGUGGACGGACAAUGGUGCAUUCUUGAUGUACUGGACACGGCGGGACAGGAGGAGUUCAGCGCGAUGAGGGAGCAAUAUAUGAGAAAAGGAGAUGGUUUCUUGCUGGUGUACUCGGUGACGGACAAGCAAAGUUUCGAGAAUAUUCGUCACUUUCAUACACAGAUUCUGCGAGUUAAGGAUCGCGAGACGUACCCCAUGCUGGUGUCGGCCAACAAGGUGGAUCUGGUGCACACGCGCACCGUCAGCGAGGAGGCGGGCCGCGAGCUGGCGCGCGCGCUGGCGGCGCCCUACAUCGAGACCAGCGCCAAGGAGCCGCCGCUCAACAUCGACGCCGCCUUCCACGAGCUGGUCCGAAUCAUCCGCAAUCAUCCGCAACAGGAAGAGAAGCAGAGACGUCGCAGGAAGUUUUUCGGAAAAUGCGCGUUGCUCUGAAUCUCUCACGAGGUCCAGUCGGGCUGGUCCGAUCGUGAGAUUCCAUUGAAAUAGUUGCUAAUAUCUGUGUGUGAAAGUUUUUCAAAACUUCAUUUCGUCACCAAGAAUCACUAAAUGUUUUAUCAAUCUUCAUUUACGUCAUGAUGUAAUUACGUAAAUGUCACCAACGCCUGUUGUCAACGCCAAAGUUCGCAUCUUAUUCUGGCGAACACAGCUCCAGCUUAAAAACGAGCGAAGUCAUAGAAACACCGCACAAGGAGCUCGUUAGACCUGUGUGUGGUACUAAACAUUAAAUUACGUUUGUGAUAUGCCUUUUCAAAGCUUUACCUGCAAAGUAUUAUUUGAAAUUGUUUUCUUAAGAGAUAUAUUUUGUUAAUUUGUUCUUAGUUAUAUAAUAUGCUAUUUUUUAAUCAACCGAUAGAAACUAUAUAAACUGUAUAUAAGGUUGAUAUUCACAUUAGACUAUAAUCUUUAUUCUAUUUCUAAUAAUUUAUAUUCAGUCGUUUAUUUGUAUGACGAAUGGUUAACAGACGAAGACCCUAUAAUAUACACGUAUGUAUCUUUUCCGACAUUAAUUACGUAUUUUAUAAUGCUCUAAAUAACAAGUUAUUUCAUUAUAUAGUCAUAAGAGACGUUGACUCGUCCUGUUGCAAAAUUUACUCGAAAUACAGUAGUCUAAUAAAUACAUCCUCAUAUAAUUCCUGCAAUUAUUAUAAUGUAUAGUAAGUUGAUAAGUUGACGACCUACAGACUGAGGUACGGUUAGCAAAACAUGGGUGAACAUUUUACUGUAGAGACUUCUGUAUUCUAAUAAAUAUAUUAUAUAAUGUAGAAUAGGUCAAGCGUCCGAUCAGAUUUCAAAUGCGACAGAUAAAUGCAAAUGCAAUAACUAUUACGAUAUUGUAUAAUAACAAUUUGUUGUGGUAAAAACAAGGGGUAUAUAUAUAUGUAUAUGUAUGUGGUAAUAGAAUUAGCGUAAAAUGCAGGUUUUUGUCGAAGAUAUUACGUUCAAAAAUUCUUUCCGAUAAUUUAUUUUAAUCGAUUCAUGUUAGUCGAUGUAACUUUUGUCUAUCAUCGAUGUAUCGGUGAAUCAUAUAGUUCUGUCCACAAGUAAUACUUAAAAAUUUACAAAUUUCUCUUCCCUCUUCAUAUUUCAUUCAAGGGUAACAAUUUACACGGAAUAUUUUGCGUACACGCGCCUAUACAUAUGUUAUCGAUAUUGUAAAUACAUAAGAGGUAUAUAACAUACAUAUAUACUGAGAUGGCCCAGUGGUAAGAACGCGUGAAUCUUAACCGAUGAUCGUGGGUUCAAACCCGGGCAAGCACCACUGAAUUUUCAUGUGCUUAAUUUGAGAUUAUAAUUCAUCUCGUGCUUUACGGUGAAGGAAAACAUCGUGACAACCCUGCAUGUGUCUAAUUUCUCUAAAUUCGGCCACAUGUGUAUUCCACCAACCCGCAUUGGAGCAGCGUGGUGGAAUAAGCUCCAAAAACCUUCUCCUCAAAAAGAGGAGAGGAGGCCUUUAGCCCAGCAGUGGGACACUCACAGGCUGUUACGGAUAUAACAUACAUAUAUUUGACCAGUAGGUGUACUUUAAUCCAUAGAGAUGUAUUUUAGACGCUUGUUUUUUUUUCGUUACGUCUCGAGACGGUAAAAUGUGUACAUUGUUGAUUUGUUUAAGUAAAUAAUAUAAAAUAGUGUUGUGCUGACGGUUAUCUUAACUAGCUAUAUGCUAUUUUUUAUUUAUUACCAGCUACCCGUCCAGGCUUUGCGCGGGUAAAAGGUUUAUAUAAAACGUAUAUAUAGAAGGAUAACCUUCUUGGGCAUAAGCAGACGAACCCACCAAAUUUUCGUCACAAUCGUUUGAAUACCUUAGUAACGUAUAGAGGACAAACAUACAUAAAUUAUACAAACGAAGUUGUUAGAAUAUCAGUUUCAAUUUUAAAAACAUUACGAUCAUUCAUAUUAUCAAUGCUCUAUACUGUGACUUCAAUUGUUGGGCAACUAUCGAGAGUGGUGCCAUCUAUAGUGCCACACCACUAAUUCGAAAUAAAUAUGAACGUAUCUCGUAUAAUACAUUGAUUUCUUGUCUCGCUCUAGCAAAUGUUUGAACGAGGUAAAUUAGGUUAAAGAAAAAUUAUAUCUAGUAUAAGAAAUGUCUUUGUAAAAGCAUUAAUAAACGAAUGUGUGCUUAAUAUUUUUCAAACAACACGAUACACGUGUUAUCUGUUAGAGGCUUAGUCUGUUAAAUUUAGGUUUUCUAUAUUAUAAAGUAUUUAAAAGCGAUAUAAAAUUAUGAUUGUCAUUGAUAGGGCAACACUGUAACGCGUAAACCCCAUACAGAUAAGCUACUGUGUAUAAUUACUGAUUGUGAUUCUUAAUGUAUAUUGCCCUUAGGUAGAAUUUGUAUCACCCCAUAACCGAAGAGUUAGGACCUUAUAGCUUUCUUAAUUAAAUUCAGUAUUAUUUGCCCCCUCGCUGUUUCAAAUGUAAAACGUUAUUUUAAUACCGAUAGACAAUUCUAAGACUAACUAAUUCGUAUUCACUUGGAUAUCUAGAUAUAAAUAGGCAAAGACAAGUACAUUUUUCCUCUCUGUUUGUCAACCGUUUUUUUUGUUUGGUAACUCUUGACGUGCUUUAGUGUUACCAAUAAAAAAAUGGAAAUUAGAGUAGAAAAAAAACAAACAUUGUUCGUAGCAUUUAAAUUCAAACACCGAACGCAAACACAUACGAACACUAAUAUAUAUUUAUUGAGUUAUAUAUUUUUUAAUAACAAUUACCCCACAGCCAUUUAUGUAGCAGUUAGUGUAAGUAGUCAGUUUAGUCUUUAUUUUAUAUAAUAUUAUUUGAAAAUCAAUGAAUACGUUUAUUAUUUCCUUCGCUGUUAACUUAUAUAUUCUUAUUAGUAUUAUUUAUGUAAGCGAAAUAAACACACGAAACUGUGUUCAGAUAUUUGCUAAUCAGAUGACGUCACAAAAUAAAAUGGUAUACAUUUUAUUUAAAUAUAUGUAUUUUUGGUUAAUUCGAAUGAUAAAAUAUUAAGCGUGGUGCAGUCAAUAAGGAAUUAGUAAAAUUGUUUCACGCGUUAAAUAAAACACGAUAUUGUGUUUUUAAUAUCCGAUUUACCUCAUAACGUAUAUAUUCUCGUAGUCCGAUUAAACAAUCUACAGGCUCGUAAAGGUUUUAUGGAGCCCUUACAUUGUAAAUAAUAGCCGUCAGGCUCCAUAGUUAUGUCGUCGAGGGUCAAGACACAAAGUUAACCAGCGGUUACGUAUGCGCGCUUAAUGCGAUGGCGCACAAAAUGGAGACCGUACAAGUUUUGAUUUUUUCAUAAAACAUUUUAUUAUAUUAACUUUGUUUUAUAUAGUAUUUAUAUGUUAUUAAAUUUAUUGUUAAUGUAAUAUUCGUUUUCAUUUUGUACACCAAAUAGUUGCUAAACACAUAAUAUUCUUAUUAUAAGUUUACCGUUUUGAUUGUAUAGUAAUUAGUGGUAGUAUAAUAUUUAAAUAUUAAUUAUUAUAGUACUAAAUAGAUUAAUCUAUCUUUUUAUUUUAUUUACUUCAUCAACAAAAUAACCUCGUGAUAGUUUAAGCAUCGGAGAUACAUAAAAUAUAAAUUCUUAUAUUUUGUCUGUAAUGCAAUUUCAUUUGCUGUAAGAUAGUCGUGCAUUCAAAAACUAAUAUUAUAAAUGAGAAAGUGGGUUAGAUAAUUUGUGUGUUACGCUGUUACGUCUUAACUACCCAACCGAUCGUCAUGAUACAGAAAAAAAUGAAGGGCUCUUACGGUUGUAGUAUAAGUUACAACAAUUUUUUAGAUUAAAUUGAAAAUAAUGACUGUG